GCGAGGAGACGACACAGGCGCAAACCGUCUCACCACCCUCAGCACUGUUGUUUGCCGGGCCCGUCCGCACCCCCUCACCUGAUGCUAUUUAUCCGCAUAGGAAUUCAUUUCUGAAAACUGCCGCCAUGCUUCUCCACUUCUCAAGAGAUGUCUUAAAAACGGCAUGCCGCAAUCUUCAAGGUUCCCAAGUACAUCGGUGUUUGAGAAUCGUGAGAAAGGCUUUGAGCACGGGCGCAACUCCUCGCAGCCGAAGGAGAGUGGUUGUCACAGGCAUUGGGUUGGUGUCGCCCCUGGGCGUCGGAACGCAACUUGUGUGGAACAACCUUCUCCAAGGAAAUUGUGGGAUCGUUGCUCUUGAAGGGGAGGAAUAUUCGGCCGUCCCUUGUAAAAUAGCCGCCUGUGUGCCGAAGGGAGUUAGCGAGGGCCAGUUUCACAGAGAAAGCUUUGUGUCGAAAUCAGAGAGCAAGGCCAUGUCAUCUGCCACCAUCAUGGCCAUAGCUGCUGCCGACUUAGCAAUAAAAGACUCUGGGUGGCAUCCACAAUCUGAACUGGACCAUUUGAAUGCUGGUGUGGCAAUAGGGAUGGGAAUGGUUCCGCUGGAAGACAUUUCUGACACGGCCUCCAUGUUCACAACAAAGGGUUACAACAAAGUCAGCCCGUUCUUUGUUCCAAAGAUCUUGGUCAAUAUGGCGGCAGGUCAUAUUAGCAUCAGAUACCAGCUGAAGGGACCCAACCAUGCCGUAUCCACGGCCUGUACCACAGGAACACAUGCUGUCGGAGACGCCUUUCGAUUUGUAGCCUACGGUGAUGCUGAUGUGAUGCUGGCUGGGGGGACAGAGGCUUGCAUUAGCCCCUUGUCUCUAGCCGGGUUUGCCAGAGCUCGGGCUCUGGCCACUAGCUUUAACUCAAGCCCCCAGCUGGCUUGCCGGCCAUUCCACUCGCUGAGGGAGGGAUUUGUCAUGGGAGAAGGUGCCGCCAUUUUGGUUUUGGAAGAAUAUGAGCACGCUGCACGGAGAGGAGCUAAACUGUAUGCGGAAAUUUUGGGCUACGGACUCUCAGGUGAUGCUUGCCACAUAACAGCCCCUAAUCCAAAUGGGGAUGGUGCCCUCAGAUGCAUGUCAGCAGCAAUGAAAGAUGCUGGAAUUUGCCCUGAAGAUGUAACAUACAUCAACGCUCACGCCACCUCCACUCCACUAGGAGACGCUGCAGAGAAUCAGGCUAUUAAAGGACUCUUCAAAGAACACGCAUAUUCUCUUGCAGUUUCCUCAACAAAGGGAGCAACAGGCCAUCUUUUGGGUGCUGCAGGAGCUAUUGAGGCGGCUUUCACUGCUUUGAGUUGUUACCAUGGAAUUUUACCACCUACUCUAAAUCUAGAUCAGACGGAAGCACCGUUUGACCUCAAUUAUGUUCCGCUAGUACCCCAAGAAUGGAGAAGUGAAAAGCGGCGUAUUGCUCUCAGUAAUUCUUUUGGCUUUGGUGGAACUAAUGCAACACUGUGUUUUGCUAAUGUUUAGCUUUACUGUCCACGUAUGCAUUAUUUUUUUAAAAAGAUGAUCUGUUAACGGCCUGAAAAACGUGUAGCAAUGCAAACCUCUGGUCUCUCCCCACUCGUCCCCACCCCAAUUCAUUCCUUUUCUCACUUUUACUCCUUUUAAAGUUUAUACUCAAACAAACAGUAAUGUGUAUUUAUAAUGUUUAGGCUGAGGGCAUUUUCCCAUAAAUAUUUCAGAGUUUUGCUCCAUAUCUGCAAGCAGAAGGAAAUCACAAUUCGUAACAGCUUCCUGCCCCAGGAAAUGGGGACGUCCGCAUUUAUCAUAUGGGAGGAAGAAUGGGUUUGUUGCUCAGUUAUAGUGCCAAACUAUAAUUUGGAAUUAUAUUGACCCCAGACUCGCCUUCCCUCCCUUUCUAGGCUGAUAUUCCCUCUGGAACUUUCUUUGUAGCAAACCAUAGCUUGCUGUUCAAAGAGGGCAAGUUACACUUUGCACUCGCCUGCGAACUAGGAUCACAAACCAGAACCAAACCCUGGUUUGGGACAAAGCCCAAGGCUUCUUGGGACUUUCUCAUAUAAAUGCCAAGCUAUGUUUUGCUGUUAUUAUUGGUAUUUGUUGUUGUUAUUAUUCAAUUUAAAAAUACCCAAAGUUUCCUAGGCACUGUACAAACACUCCAAAAUAAUAAAGCCCUUCUCUGUGGGAUUACAGUUUAA